AUGGCUGAUGACCCGACCGUCAUUCCUGUUAAGGAUGUUCAUAUAGACGAAGGGCUCGAGUUCACGGAAGAGCCCAUCGAGAUCAUUGAUAGGGAUGCUAAACAGACUAGACAAAGCAGAGUACCAUUAGUUCGUGCUCUUGGAAUAAGCUUUAUUAUCAUUGUAGAGAAAUCCAUGCCAGGUUGUGGUUUUAUUUUGGUGUCAGCUCCAUGGCUUGCAUACACACCUGUUAAGAACAAUCCGAUGAUGCUGCAAAGCUAUUCCUAUUUGGGAGAAUACUGCAGCACAUAUGUUGUUUCUAAAGCAUGCCAUGUCAGCAACACCUGGCGUAAGACAUAUAUUUGGAAGACUUUAUCAUCGGCUAUUCGUUCAAAGGGUGAGAUAGUCUUGAAUGUUGCAUCAAGUGGUAUCGCAUCUUUACUGCUAGAAGGUGGCAGAACAGCUCAUUCUAGAUUCCGUAUACCGAUCAACAUAAAUGAGGAUUCUUUUUGUUCUAUAACUCCGGAUAGUGAUUUAGCAGCAUUGAUAGUAAAGACAAGAUUAAUUAUUUGGGACGAGGCACCUAUGAUGCAUAGACAUUGUUUUGAAGCGUUGGACAGAACAUUGCGUGACAUACUUGCUUCAUCAUCUCGUGCUUCAGGUGAUAAACCUUUCGGAGGUAAAGUAAUUCUUUUUGGGGGUGACUUCCGUCAGAUUCUUCCAGUUAUUCAACGAGGCACUCGUGCACAAAUUGUUAACGCAUCAAUAAAUUCUUCUGACAUAUGGCGUCACUGUACUGUUUUAAGGCUAACCGAAAACAUGCGUUUAAAGUUAGGGAGCCCACAAUCAUCACUCACUGAAGUCAAGGCCUUUUCAGAUUGGCUCAUACAAAUUGGUGAAGGAACUAUCGGAGAUAACAAUAAAGGCGGAGAAGCUGAUGUUCAAUUCCUGGAUGAUGUGCUUAUCAAAUCUGAUGGUGAUCAUAUUAAGGCCAUUGUUGAUGCAAUUUAUCCCAAUAUUAAUGAUCACCUUCAUGAACCUGGAUAUUUUCGUGACAAGGCUAUAUUAGUUCCAACUAACGACGAGGUUGAUCGCAUCAAUGACCAUGUUUUGUCCCUGAUAAAAGCAGAAGAGAGGACAUACUUCAGUUCUGAUCGUCCAUGUGAAACCGAAUCACUUGACGCCUUUCAACAAUCUUUAUAUUCACCAGAUGUUCUAAAUGGAUUUAAGAUCUCCGGCACACCAAACCAUAAGCUGCUUUUAAAACCAGGUGUUCCUGUUAUGCUCCUUCGAAAUAUAGAUCAGUCUAAAGGUUUGUGUAAUGGAACAAGAUUGCAAGUUGUGCGUAUGGCUCCCCAUGUCAUUGAAGCAAAAAUCAUCUCAGGUUCAAAUGUGAACGAUGUAGUGUACAUACCAAGGAUGAAGAUUACACCAUCAGACAUACGCAUUCCGUUUAAGUUUCAAAGGCGUCAAUUUCCUUUGGUUGUUUGCUUUGCCAUGACCAUUAAUAAAAGCCAAGGACAGUCGUUAGCUCAAGUGGGUUUGUUUUUACAACGUCCGGUUUUCACACAUGGUCAACUAUAUGUCGCACUUUCAAGGGUUACGACCAAAUCUGGUUUGAAGGUCCUUAUUGUCGAUAAAGGUGGAAAAACUUCAAGCAAAACAACCAAUGUCGUCUAUAAAGAAGUGCUACAAAAGAUUUGA